GGUGUGUGAGUGUCGGGAGAAGUAAGGAGUCCAAACAGAGUCAGUCCAAAACACCAGAGACCCAACAGGCCAGAUCACCCGGAAGUCUGCACCUCAGACACCAGAAAUCGUGUUCAAUCAUGGCACAAAUGUUCACUAUUUCUGACGAGUCAGAGACAACAGAGGACCUUGAGGACUCUGGCCAGACAGAACAUAACAGUGGAUCGUCAGAGAGAAAGCAGCACCUAACUGCGUCUGAUAGGCUCAAAGGAGAGCAACUGGGAAGACAUAGGAAUCUCUCGAUGAAUGAGGAGGAUCUGAUGGAGACCGGGGCAGCAGAUGAAGGCGAUUUCAGGCCUAGAUCUCGCUCGGCUCCUCCUGCUUUGUGGGCAGCUAAGAAAUAUGGCCAACAGUUAAGGAGAAUGAGUGAUGAGUUUGACAUCCUCCUUGAUAAAGGGAUGAAGAGGGUGAAGAGUGCAGGAACAGCACGCCAGAUGCGGCAAUCACCCAGCUGGUUGGCCUUCCUUUGGAGUCACAAAGAGUCUGAUGCUGAGUCGCGCCCUGCUGAGUGAUUGACAGUGAAUGAAUGAUGGAGAAAGAGAGAAAAGAACUACUGUACAUAACAAUUGUUGGUUGAAGAAAAGGUUGCACUGCUUUGAAGGAACAAUUCUAUUGACUGGUUUAAUACCUUUUUAAAUGAAUUGCACUGGGACCCUUGACUGUUGAAAAGCAAGAACUGUAUCUCACUGGCAUGUGCUAUACCACAAAGAAAACAAAAAUGGAGAAUGAAUCUCCUUUGACUUUUCCUAAGCUCUUGGAAUAUUAUGCAGUAAAUUGUGAAUGUGAACCGGAUAUCAACUUGUUCAAAACAGACUUUCUGUCGCUCUGCCAUAUCGGCUUUUAGGUUCAGAUGAAAUACUUUAAGAAAAGCACAUCAAAAAAAGACAAAUAUAUUUUAUACUACAUCAAUUGUUAAAGAAUUUAUUAACCAUUUUUUCUGUACAUUUUUUUAUCUGUAAAAAGACUUUGGAUACUUAUAGGAGCCCUUGAGUUUUAUUACCAUCUCCGAGUCAUAAAAUCUCUUGGAAUCAUCUGCAAUCAACAAUACCAAUAAG